AUGCAGACAACCCCGGAACUGUUCUUGCUGUUGAUUCAGAUCUACCGGACAAUAGAGGCUCACCCCACGGGGUCUUCGGUCCAAGAGAUGUUGGAAGCCUGGCAGGGAUACCAAGAGGCCUGCAUUCGAAAGAUGACUGAAGACCCUCAACCAACAGGCCUGGUGUGCAACCGUACGUUUGAUAUGUAUGCCUGUUGGGACGAUGCCCUCCCUAAUACGUCGGCCCGGGUUCCUUGCCCCUGGUACCUUCCUUGGCACCAGCAAGUGCAAGAUGGGUUUGUCUUCCAGAAAUGCGGCGCAGAUGGGCAGUGGGUGGUUGAUGCCUCCGGACUGCCAUGGCGGGAUCAUUCCCAGUGCGUGGGACCCAACAACGAUCUCCCUUUCCAGGUAAACCUCCAGAGGCAUUUGUGGAUCCUGGAGCAAUUCCGCCGGAUGUACACCGUCGGAUACUCCGUCUCACUCGUGUCGCUCCUCGUGGCUUUGACGCUGCUGGCAGCAUUCAGGAAGCUUCGAUGCCUGCGCAACUACCUCCACAUGAACCUGUUCCUAUCCUACGUGCUGCGGGCAGCCUCCAUCCUUCUGCGAGACGCUCUCCUCUGGCUUCACUUCCCCCGGGGCCUCCAGGUGGAUCUCUCAGGCCUUCCAAGCAGGGAACAGGCUGUAAUUGGCUGUCGGCUGGCACAAAUCCUAACCCAGUAUUGCGUCUGCGCGAAUUACUUUUGGCUACUGGUAGAAGGCAUCUACCUGCACAACCUUCUAGGACCCAUUGCCUUCUUGGAAGAAAGUUAUUUCCCUGCGUAUCUACUCCUUGGAUGGGGGGCACCCCUCUUCUUUGUCAUCCCAUGGGGGGUCAUGAGAUACCUCUAUGAAAACAACGAGUGCUGGGAGAGAAACGACAACUUGGGUUACUGGUGGAUCAUCCGUUGUCCAAUCUUGGUAUCCAUUUUGGUUAACUUUGUGAUUUUCAUCCGGGUUCUUAAGGUCCUAAACUCCAAGCUUCGGGCCCAACAAAUGCAUUACACGGAUUGUAAGUAUAGGUUGGCCAGGUCGACUCUGACUCUCAUCCCUCUGCUGGGCACCCAUGGGGUGGCUUUUGCCCUGGUGACGGAGGAGCAGGCCCUGGGCACCCUGCGCUACAUCAAAUUCUUCUUUGAGCUCUUCUUCAACUCCUUCCAGGGUUUGUUGGUGAGCACAUUUUACUGCUUUGUCAAUAAAGAGGUCCAAUCCGAGAUCCAGAGAAAGUGGCAGAUGGACAUCGGCCUGCUUGAGAGAUGGGGACGCCGUUUCGGUCUCUGCCGUUCUUGGUGCAACCAAAAACCCCCAUCCAGGAAGCCCAGCUGCGCUCAGAUUUACAUCCAAGUAGGACGCAAAGUUGCUCCGAGUGACUUAGACAAUGGGGCAGGUGCUCCGUUCCAAACUACAGCUCCCGCUGGUACCUCCGCAUCAGGAUGAAAGUGGAGAAUUAGCACAGCGAACGCCUCUUCAAGACACCAGCUCCCUUCCAGAUGUGGGAAAAACCUGCCAGCCCUACCAGAGAUGAAGGGAUCUUAAGACAGACAGGAAGCUGAUGCAGCUGUCAACAUCUGGAGGAACAACGGAACAAAAUUGUCCCUUG